UUCAGUCUUUCUGAAGUUAGUUUCUGCUGCUGUCUGCAAGAGUGGAAAAGUCUGGGCAGUGAAGAUGAGCCGUCAUGUUAAGCAUACCCGGGUACUUCUUCUCAACGACAUGGAGAAGCUGGACAAAACCCUGUUCCGGCUGGAACAAGGUUAUGAGCUACAGUUCCGUUUGGGCCCUACUUUGCAAGGCAAGCAUGUUACAGUGUAUACUAACUACCCAGCUGCUGGAGAAUUGUUUGAUCGUCACAAGUUCAGAUGCUUAACUUGGCACAACCCAACAGGAAAAGAAGAUGAUUCUGACAAAUAUUGUAAAUUAGAACUCCAGAUUUCUGGAUCAUAUCAAUAUUACUUCACUCAUGAGAAUCAGAAAGGUGGUGGAGGUUAUCUAGUUGUGGAUCCUAUUUUACGGGUUGGUGCUGACAAUCAUGUCUUGCCCUUGGAUUGUGUUACACUCCAGACAUUCCUAGCCAAGUGUCUGGGACCAUUUGAUGGAUGGGAAGAUCGUCUUAAAGUUGCAAAAGAAUCUGGUUAUAACAUGAUUCACCUAACCCCAGUGCAGAAACUCGGUCUGUCUAGAUCAUGUUACUCAUUGGCUGAUCAGCUGGAAGUUAAUCCUGACUUUUCAUCCUCCAGCAAAAAAUGUUCUUGGAAUGAAAUUGGAAAACUGGUGGAAAAAAUGAAAAAUGAAUGGAAUAUGCUUUGCAUUACAGAUGUAGUCUAUAAUCACACUGCUGCAAACAGUGAAUGGCUGACUCAGCAUCCCGAGUGUGCAUACAAUCUUAUAAACUCUCCUCACUUGAAGCCAGCCUGGCUUUUGGACCGAGCUCUUUGGCAUUUCACCUGUAAAGUAUCUGGGGGCAAAUACAGUGAAAAAGGACUGCCACCACUUAUUGAAAACGACCAACAUUUGAAUUGUAUCCGUAAAAUCAUUUGGGAGGAUAUUUUUCCCAAGAUAAAAUUAUGGCAAUUCUUCCAAGUUGAUGUUGAAAAAGCAGUGCAGCAAUUUAAAACUCUUUUAACGAAAGGUAGCUCAAAGGCUAAAACUGAUCCCAAUCUACAUCUUGCAAUCAUUCAAGAUCCUGAAUUUAAAAGACUUGGCUGUACUGUAGAUAUGAACCUAGCACUGAAUACCUUCAUACCACAUAGCAAUGGACCAGCUGCAAUAGAAGAGUGUUGCAACUGGUUCCGCAAAAGAGUUGAAGAGCUAAAUGAUGAAAAGUUCCGACAAACAAAUUACCAUCAUGAGCAGGCUAUCAACUGUGUUUUGGCAACAGUGAGCUACGAACGUCUGGCUGGUCAUGGUCCUAAGCUUGGUGCUAUAACUAGAAAAGAUCCAUUGGUUACAGGGUACUUUACUUACCCAUUUAAAGAACUAACCCUGGACGAAGAGGAAGUUAUGAUGCAUCAGCCUAACAAAGCAAGUUAUUUUAUGGCCCAUAAUGGUUGGGUGAUGGGAGAUGAUCCUCUGAGAAAUUUUGCUGAACCAGGCUCAAAUGUCUACCUUAGAAGAGAACUUAUUUGCUGGGGUGAUAGCGUCAAGCUGCGUUAUGGGAAUAAACCAGAAGACUGCCCAUAUCUUUGGGCUCACAUGAAAAAAUAUACUGAAAUUACUGCCAAAUAUUUCCAUGGAGUACGUCUUGACAAUUGCCACUCUACUCCUCUUCAUGUGGCUGAGUAUAUGAUGGACACGGCUAGAAAAUUACGCCCCAACUUGUAUAUAGUGGCUGAACUGUUCACUGGAAGUGAAGAGCUGGACAAUGUCUUUGUGAAUAAAUUGGGCAUUAAUUCUUUAAUAAGAGAAGCAAUGAGUGCCUACAAUAGCCAUGAGGAGGGCAGGUUGGUCUACCGCUUUGGUGGAGAACCUGUUGGAUCUUUCGUCCAGCCACGUUUGAGGCCUUUAACACCUGCUAUUGCACAUGCACUCUUCAUGGACAUAACACAUGAUAAUGAAUGUCCAAUUGAGCAUCGAUCUGCUUAUGAUGCCCUUCCCAGCUCAACGAUCGUUUCCAUGGCUUGCUGUGCUACAGGAAGUACUAGAGGGUACGAUGAACUAGUGCCACAUCAGAUAUCCGUGGUCUCUGAAGAAAGAUUUUAUGCAAAGUGGAAUCCAGCGGCAACACAGUUAAAACCUGGUGAAGUUAAUUUCAAGACUGGAAUUAUAGCAGGAAGGCUAGCUAUCAACAGAUUACACCAAGAACUGGGAGCUAAAGGAUUUAAUCAGGUAUUCGUAGACCAAGUUGAUGAAGAUAUUGUGGCUGUGACCAGACAUUGCCCUAAUACACAUCAGUCUGUUGUGGCUGUUUCUCGAACAGCUUUCAGAAACCCCAAGACUUCCGUCUAUAGUCAAGAAGUUCCUCAAAUGUGUAUUCCAGGCAAAAUUGAAGAAGUAGUUCUUGAAGCUAGGACUGUUGAGAGAAAUGCAGAUCCUUAUAAAAAGGAUGAUCAUACAAUCAAUGGGUUGCCUGACUAUACAGUUGAACUCAGAGAACACAUACAGCUCACGGAAAGUAAAAUAAUAAAGCAAGCUUCAGUUGCCACAAAAGGUCCUAAUGAAUUUGUUCAGGAAAUAGAAUUUGAAAAGCUUACACCUGGGAGCGUGAUCAUAUUUAGAGUUAGCCUUGAUCCGAAGGCACAAGAUGCUGUAGGAGUACUUCGUAAUCAUCUAAUCCAGUUCAGUCCUCACUUUAAAUCUGGAAGUCUGCCUGAUGAUGGUUCAGAAGCUAUACUGAAAACCCCUUUUUCAAUUAUUGCAUCAAAAUUAAGAUUAGCAGACCUAAAUCAGAUACUGUAUCGUUGUGAUGCAGAAGAACAAGAAGAUGGUGGAGGAUGUUAUGACAUACCAAACUGGACACCUCUUAAAUAUGCAGGCCUUCAAGGAAUAAUGUCAGUGAUGGCAGAAAUACGACCAAAUAAUGACUUGGGCCAUCCUUUCUGUGGUAAUUUGAGAGCUGGAGAUUGGAUGAUUGAUUAUGUGAGCAAUCGCUUAAUUUCCCGUGCUGGAACUUGCUCUGAUGUUGGGAAGUGGCUGAAAGCAAUGUUUAUCUACUUGAAGCGGGUCCCUCGUUAUCUCAUUCCAUGUUAUUUUGAUGCCAUAUUAGUGGGUGCAUAUACUACACUUCUUGACUUGGUGUGGAAACAGAUGUCCAGCUUUGUCCAGAAUGGUUCAACGUUUGUUAAACAUCUUUCCUUGGGCUCAGUCCAGAUGUGUGGAAUAGGAAAAUAUCCAUCUUUGCCACCUCUGUCUCCUGCCUUAAAGGAUGUCCCUUACAGGCUGAAUGAGAUUAUGGGAGAAAAAGAACAAUGCUGUGUUUCUUUAGCAGCUGGUUUACCUCAUUUCUCAUCUGGCAUUUUCCGUUGCUGGGGAAGAGAUACCUUUAUUGCACUGAGAGGGCUGAUGUUAGUUACUGGACGCUACUUGGAAGCAAGGAACAUAAUAUUAGCAUUUGCUGGCACCUUAAGGCAUGGUCUAAUUCCUAAUCUGCUUGGCCAAGGUACUCAUGCCAGGUACAAUUGUCGUGAUGCUGUAUGGUGGUGGCUUCAGUGUAUACAAGAUUAUUGUAAAACCGUUCCAAAUGGCAUAGACAUUCUCAACUGUCUGAUAUCUAGAAUGUAUCCUACUGAUGAUUCUCUACCUCAGCCAGCAGGCAAAAUGGAUCAGCCAUUAUAUGAAGUGAUACAGGAAGCAAUGCAAAAGCAUGCCCAAGGCAUAGAUUUCCGAGAGAGGAACGCUGGUCCACAAAUAGAUCGAAACAUGAGAGAUGAAGGCUUUAACGUAACUGCAGGAGUAGACAUGGAAACGGGCUUCGUCUUUGGAGGGAACCGUUUUAAUUGUGGUACCUGGAUGGAUAAAAUGGGAGAGAGCGAUAGAGCUCGCAACAAAGGAAUUCCAGCCACUCCAAGAGAUGGUUCUGCUGUGGAAAUUGUUGGCCUAUGCAAAUCAACCGUUCGCUGGUUACAGGAAUUGUCAGAGAAGAAGUUAUUUCCAUAUCCUGGAGUUACUAUGAAAAGACACGGGAGAGAUGAGACCUUUACAUAUGAUCAGUGGAACAGAAAAAUCCAAGCCCAUUUCGAAAAGCUGUUUUUUGUCUCUGAAAACCCAAAUGAUCCCAAUGAGACACAUCCAACUCUGGUUCAUAAGAGGGGCAUAUACAAAGACAGCUAUGGAGCAUCAAGUCCUUGGUGUGAUUAUCAACUGAGGCCAAAUUUCCCUAUAGCAAUGGUUGUGGCACCUGAAUUGUUCUCUCCUGAGCAUGCUUGGAAAGCACUUGAAAUGUUAGAGAAAAAAUUACUUGGUCCACUUGGCAUGAAAACUUUAGACCCAGAUGAUAUGGUUUAUUGUGGUGUUUACGAUAAUGCGUUAGACAAUGAUAAUUAUAAUGUGUCUAAAGGAUUCAAUUACCAUCAAGGACCUGAAUGGCUUUGGCCAAUUGGAUAUUUCCUUCGUGCCAAGCUAUACUUCUCCAAGUUAAUCGGUACAGAGAUCUAUGCAAAGACUGUGUUUUUAGUUAAGAAUGUUCUUUCUCGCCAUUAUGUUCAUCUUGAGAGGUCUCCUUGGAAAGGGCUUCCAGAAUUGACUAAUGAAAAUGGUCAAUAUUGUCCCUUCAGCUGUGAAACCCAAGCUUGGUCAAUUGCUGUGGUCCUUGAGGUCCUCUGUGAUUUAUAACAGUAGUUGUCUGUCUUAAAAAACUUGCUAGCUUUUGUCUGGAAUGCAAAUAACGAUGCUUGUCUUAUUGUUAAAAAUCCUACUGAUAGAAGUUGUUUAUGCCUAUUGUUCCUUGGCAAUUGUAGGACUACGUGAGUGUUCAUCAUUUGAGAAUCACACCA